UAAAAAUUCAUUCUUGAACAUUGUUACACUUCAUAGCACUUUGUUGAAAUGUUUGUAAACGAAAGAUUUUCAGCUUUACGAGAAAGCAUUUAGAAAUUGACUGGUGAUCAAAGGAUAUAAUACUUUAAAACGAUGUAACAACUGAAGUUAAGGAUUGUUAAAUGUGCAUCUAAAUAUGUUGAAUAAUAUGUAGAUUUUGAAGUGAUUGUUUGUUAUUUGUUCUAGCUGCUACAUGUCCACAAUUUGCUCAACGUGAGUUUAGUUUUACACUUGAAAAUGAUGUUUAUCGUCGUUAUCUUUCAUUUUCAAAUCAUAUUGAAUUUGAAAAAGAAUUAAUAAAAAUGUGUCCUGAAAAAAUUGAUAAAGAUCAUAAAAUAUUAUCUGCUGCACAAUUUUAUCCAAUUAAACAUGAACUUGUAUUUGAUAUUGAUAUGACAGAUUAUGAUCAUGUCCGAUUUUGUUGUCGAUUUCCAAUGGAAAUUAUUGAUCGUGUAUUACAUCAGUAUUUUGGAUUUGAACAUCGUUUAUGGAUAUAUUCUGGUCGACGUCGUGUUCAUUGUUGGGUUUGUGAUCAAACAGCUAGAGAACUACAAUCAAGUAUUCGACAAGUUAUUGUUGAACAUUUAACUGCUAUUACAAAUGGAAAAGAUUCAACAAAACGUGUGACACUUUAUUCUCCAUUACAUCCAUCACUUCAGCGAGCACGGGAAAUAGUUUUAAGUGAAUUUGGUGGAUAUGCUUGUUUAGAACAAGAUUUUCUUAUAGAUGAUCAACGAAUUGAACGAUUUAUUCGACUUGUUCCUGAUGAUAAUAUCCUUUUUGAAUAG